AUGAGCCAGUACAGCCUCAGCAAAGGUCUUCUCCCUUCCCUCGGAGCCACCUCUCGUUCCUCUCGUGACGUCAAUCUCCGUCGCUUCAUCAUCUCUCCCUUCGAUCCUCGCUACAGAGGGUGGGAGACUUUUUUAGUGUUUUUGGUGCUAUACACAGCUUGGGCAUCGCCUUUUGAAUUCGGGUUCCUGCAAAAGCCAAGAGCACCUCUCAGUAUUCUCGAUAACAUCGUCAACGGUUUUUUCGCAGUUGAUAUCAUUCUCACAUUCUUCCUUGCCUUUCUCGACAAGGCAACUUACCUCCUUGUCGAUGAUCCGAAGAGAAUAGCUUGGAGAUAUGUCUCCACUUGGUUUGCUUUUGAUGUCAUAUCCACAUUUCCUUACGAAAGUUUUGGUAGCUUCUUACAUGAGAGUAUUCAGGGAUAUGGGAUUUUCAGUAUGCUGCGUCUAUGGCGUCUUCGGAGAGUCAGUAAUUGUUUCGCCAGGUUAGAAAAAGAUAGGAAAUACAGCUACUUUUGGGUUCGCUGCACCAAGCUUCUCCUUGUUACUCUAUUUGUGAUUCAUUGUGGUGCCUGCUUCCUAUAUUCCAUUGCCUCGCAUUACCCGGACCCUUCCAAGACAUUUAUGGCAUUAACCAAUGAAAACUGGAAACAGUCUCCUCUCGCUGUGCGGUAUAACACGGCAAUGUAUUGGUCCAUAACUACUUUCUCCACAACAGGUUAUGGUGACAUACAUGGUGUUAACUCAAGGGAGAUGACUUUCAUUCUUUGCUACAUGGUCUUUAAUCUUGGAUUGUCCGCUUAUAUAAUUGGUAAUAUGACCAACUUGGUGGUUCACGUCACCAGUCGCACCAGAAAAUUCAGAGAUACUAUCCAAGCGGCUUCAGGGUUUGGCCAGAGGAACAAUUUACCAGUGCGCUUGCAAGAUCAGAUGGUAGCUCAUUUGUGUUUGAGGUACAGAACCGAUUCAGAAGGCUUACAGCAGCAAGAAAUCAUCGAAUCUCUUCCCAAAGCUAUUCGUUCCAGCAUAUCGCAUUAUCUGUUCUAUGAAGUUGUUGAUAAAAUUUACUUGUUCCAUGGAAUAUCCAACGAUCUUCUUUUCCAGUUGGUCACCGAAAUGAAAGCAGAGUAUUUUCCUCCCAAAGAAGAUGUGAUUUUGCAGAAUGAAGCACCGACAGACUUUUACAUAUUGGUGACCGGAGCUGUUGACAUAAUUGCACGUGUAAAUGGAGUGGAGCAGGUAGUUAACGAAGCACAGAGAGGAAAUGUUUUUGGUGAAGUUGGGGUGCUAUGUUACAGACCGCAGCUGUUUACUGUUCGUACCAAGCGAUUGAGUCAGUUGCUUCGUCUGAACCGUACGGCACUCUUAAAUCUUGUUCAGGCAAACGUCGGAGAUGGAGCAAUUAUCAUGAAUAAUCUUCUUCAGCAUUUAAAAGAGUCGGAAGAUCCAGUGAUGAAAAGCAUUUUGGCUGAUACAGAACACAUGUUGGCUCAAGGGAAAAUGGAUUUACCUCUCAGCUUGUGUUUUGCUGCAGCCAGAGGAGACGAUUUAUUGCUGCAUCAGUUACUCAGACGAGGCUCAAGCCCUAAUGAAAUGGAUAAAAACGGCCGAACUGCUCUGCAUAUAGCAGCAUCAAAAGGAAGCCAUUAUUGUGUCGUUUUACUUCUUGAACAUGGAGCAGAUCCUAACAUAAAAGAUUCAGAAGGUAAUGUUCCCUUGUGGGAAGCAAUCAUAGGGAGACAUGGAGGAAUUGCUAAACUCCUUGCAGAAAACGGGGCGAAGUUGAGCUUAGACUCAGUUGGCUAUUUCUCGUGCUUAGCUGUUGAAAAGAACAGCUUAGAGGCACUGAAAGACAUCAUCAAAUACGGCGGUGACAUCACACUCCCUGACGGGAACGGAACCACAGCCUUACACAGAGCAGUCUCAGAAGGACACCUGGAGAUGGUCAAGUUCUUACUAGACCGAGGUGCUGAUUUGGACAUGCCAGAUUCUUACGGUUGGACUCCUCGAGCCCUCGCGGAGCAUCAAGGGCAUGAAGAUAUCAAAAGCUUGUUUCAUAAUCACAGGCCAGUGGAGAAGAAACCGAAAUCUGUCCCUGGAAAACCUGACAUUCCUGUUACAGGAAAGCCUUUGAUGAAGUAUAGCAGUGAGCCUACAAUGCCACAUUCAGGAGAAUUACCUCUUCUCCAAGAAGGAGGCCAGCUUGUGGUUUCUCAGCGACGGAAACUCAGUAACUUCAGAAACUCGCUCUUUGGAUUUAUUUCAGCUGCAAAUACCGGUGAUGAUGGAGGAGAAGAUUCAAGAAGCCCAACAAUUCCAGGAGGAGAAAGAGGAGGAGUGUUUUAUCCGGCGAGGGUCACGAUAAGUUCGCCGGAAAACGGUGGGAAAAUGAUAAUGUUACCAAAAUCUAUGGAAGAGCUAUUGGAGAUAUGUGAAAGAAAGAUGGGUUUCGUGCCAACUAAAGUACUUACAAGAGAAGGAGCCGAAAUUGAUGAUAUCACUCUUAUCAGAGAUGGUGAUUUUCUCCUUCUUGCAAGAGAUACUUGA